GUAACCCUCUCUGUAUAUGCGAAGAAUUUGAUUCAUUACAAUUCAGCCAGCCAGCGAUUUGAUUUUGUAGAGAGAUAGAUAAAGGUCAGUGGAAGAACUAUGGAUUAUUAUAAGGUGUUAGGGCUGAAAAGCAACGCAAGCAAAGAAGAGAUUAAACAAACAUUUAGGAAAUUGGCUAUGCAAUUUCACCCUGACAAGCAUUCUCAUUCAUCCAAGUAUAUCAGAGACAACGCUGCCUUCCGUUUCAAGCAGAUCUCAGAGGCCUAUGAUGUCCUUAUGGACGAUUCCAAGCGAGCCCAAUCUUCCAGUUAUCGGAGCAAUAACGACACUCGUUAUACCAGAGGCUAUUACCAUCAGAGCAGUGGAAGACACGGAAGCUAUGGAUUCAAUAAUUCAUCAUCAUCUUCUUCUUCUUCUGCUGGGUUUGGUUAUGGAUACAGCUCACCUGCUAACGGAAAUCGCUUCAUGUCUAAUGUUGAGGUUGUUCUUCGAUUUCUUACAACGCGUGACUUUCUUCGCACUGUAACUUUCGCCGGUGCUUUAUUAGGUGCAGCUGUUAUCCUCGAUGUCAGUGGUGAAGCUUUAUGGAAGAAGAAGAAUACAGGGAAAUCAUUUGAAGAUGCAAUGGAAUCCAUAAAAGAUGCCAAAGCUGCCCUUAAAGAGAAGGGCUAGAAAUUCUGUACAUUCUAUCGGAGAGCUUGUAAGGAUCCAACAACAGCAAAAUCAAGUGGAUAAUUCCCACAUAAGUCGACAAGUGGUGAUGAUUCAGGUUUGUCAAAGCUCUCCCUAAUCUAAGUGUUUCUGUAAUUGAUGCAUCAAUGCUCUAUUGUAAAUAUAAAACAUUCAAAACAAUUUGUAAAGAAUGUCAAUUAAGGAUGCAUAUAUACCAGAUCCUUAAACAAAUUCAAAGUCAGGAUCAUGCAUGAUCAUACAAAGUCAUUUAAUGUUAUUAUAUGUAAGGCAUUCUAAUAAAAAUAAAAAGCUCAAGUUGCUGUGAUUUCCUGUUGA